AAAUACCGUGUCUACUCUAUGAUUACGUUCUGUCGACUGUCAUUUGUCACUAUCCAACUUCCCGCUCUUUCUUAUGCUGUAUUGCUGUGUUUGUUUAUCAUUCUUGGAAUCAUUCUUAUUAGACUUUGGAGUGGAAAAUAAUAAUGGAUGACGACGACAACUUUCUUUCGACACCAGAAGAAAUAUCGGCGGCGGCACAAUCAGUUACCGAGAACUUGUUGCCUACAAAAUCGCGGCGUCAGUAUGAUAAAUCGUAUGAGAAGUUCAUGGCGUGGAGACUGGAACACCAGACUACGUCAUUCUCAGAGAAUGUGCUACUGGCUUACUUUAAAAACCUCGACGAACAAUUCAAGCCAUCUUCACUGUGGGUGGAAUAUUCAAAACUAAAGUCAACGCUUAAUAUAUACCACCAGACCGACAUCUCUAAAUACGCCAAGUUACUGGCUUUAUUAAAACGGAAGUCAGAAGGAUUUAAGGCGAAAAAAGCAAAGACAUUUUCACCGGAGGAAUUAAAAAAAUUCAUUGAGGAAGCACCGGAUCAGAACCAUCUCUUUAACAAGGUUGCUGUAAUUCUUGGAAUAAUGGGGGCUUGUCGCAGGCAAGAGUUACAUGAUUUAAAAAAUAACAAUAUAAUUGAUGCCCAAGAAACUCUAGUGGUUCAUAUAAUGAACACCAAGAACCGAAUCGAUCGCACUUUUACAGUCACAGGGAAAUAUUAUCAUAUCUGUAAAAAGUACAUGAUUCUUCGUCCGGAUAACUGCAACGAUCUGAACUUUUUUGUACGGUAUGCCAACGGAAAAUGUUUUGCUCAAAAUAUAGGAUUAAACACCUUCGGCCAGUUAGGAAAAAAUGUUGCAUCCUAUCUUGGUCUCCUAAAUCCAGAGCUCUACACAGGGCACUGUUUUCGAAGGACGUCUGCAACUUUAUUGGUAGAUGCUGGUGGUGAUGUGACAUCUUUGAAGCGGCAUGGCGGAUGGAAGUCCACAACGGUGGCAGAAUCAUAUAUAGACAACUCCAUUGCAAGCAAAAAAAAGUGUCAAAUACACUAAUGAAUUCCAUAGAAGAAACUACACCCCUGAAACCACAAUCCCACAUACAUACCAGACCAUCAAUGCUCCCCAACUUUUACUCAGGAACCAGAUUAUAUCAACACCACCAACACUAGUAUCCCAGUCCCUACAACCACACCACUAACUAUAUCCCAAAUAAUAGAACAGAAUUCUGACAUCCAUAUAAAUAAUAAUAGCUCAACCACAUCCACCACUCCCAAUAUAAAUAUUUCUAACAACACAAUUCACAAUUUACAUCUUCAUUUUCAUAAAUGAAUAAAACUAAAUUUCUUAAAACAAACUGCGUUUAAUUUUGUCUUUUAUUUAAUCCCUAAGCAGUCGUAGAAAAAGUAAUGUAUGCAACGUUGUAUAAGUAGGUCAAAAAAGGC